GGAAGCUAAGUUCACGUGAUAGCGUAACACAUACAUGUCGAAUUGAGUAACCUCCUCCUUUUCGAAGUCAGUUAAAAAAUCAUACAUUUGCAGAUUAAAAGUUAUGAAUAGGCAUUUACUUCUUUUUAACGCAAUGCUAUUGAAACGAAAAACGCGAAAUCAAGUCGCAAAUGCAAUCGCGUCGCAAUAGAUGAUUUGUUAAUUAUCUACAGUCAGUGUAAGAAGUAUUCAUACACCAACCAAUUUAAAAUGAAUGGUUCCUGUACGAAUACUUAUUACACUAAACUAACUGUAUAUCUUAGUUAUUGAAAAAACAACUAUCGGCUACGUAACGUUGAAGUUAUUUAACCUAUGAAAUAUGUUCAAUAUGGAGACAAUAGAUGAUCCAUAUCUGAGACAUCUUUUCGAUGGAGAUGAUGCAUUUAAUGUUUAUAAAGACAACUUUACGAACUUAUCGGUUGGUGCACCUGGACCUGAUCUACUCCAACAUUGUACAGAAAUGAUACAGAGAGCGACAGAUCAUCGACUGAUUUAUCAACAAUUCAUUAAAUUGAGAUACAAAAGUAUUAAAUGCAUUAACACAUUAUGGUGUUAUUAUGUACUGACAAAAUAGUAUGAAUGUUUUGAAUAUCUCAAGUUCAUUUACAUUAAUUCUUUUUUUUUUUUAAUUUUCUACAUUAGUUAAGUUUCUUAGAAUUAAAAUUUGUGUUAUUAAUGGUUUUUUCAUCGAUUAAAAGCUUCCUUUUUAUUUGCUAAAUUAAUAAUCUCCUGUUACAUUACACUCAAUAGUGCAUUUACCAUAGAAACAAAAUUUUGUGUAUCGUUAGCAAAGAUAUAUUGUAUAGAAGGCAUAUUACAUCUUAGGAAGAAGAAAGGAAAGAGGGAAAGUAUUAUCUUUUUCAAUAUGGCAUAACAGCAGGUCUGUGGGAGUGUCGCAAGGAACUGGCAAUGUUCCUAACCAGGCAAUAUGGUGAUCCAGUAAGCAGAGAAAAUUUAAUUUUAACCUGUGGAGCUUCGCACGGUCUUCAACUAUUAUUAAACACCAUUGUUUCACCAAAUGGAAUAAUUUUCGUAGAAGAAGUCACUUACAUGAUAGCCCUGGAUGCUUUCAAACAAUUUCCACUAAUGAAAAUAGUAACUGUACCAAUGAAAAAUGAUACUGUAGAUGUAGAUGCAUUUGAAGAAAUAGUCACAAAGGAGAAAAAAAAUGGUAAUUUCCUUCUCAGUGAUGAGAAAUUAUUCUGGGCUAUGUUUUAUACUAUUCCCACUUUCCACAAUCCAACUGGUAGAACUUUACCACUAGAAAGUUGCAAGCGUCUGAUCGAAAUAGCGAGGAACAAUUCUAUACUAGUUGUCUGCGAUGAUGUAUAUAACUUACUUUAUUAUGGAAACGGAAAUCCGCCCCAUCGACUGUUCUUUUAUGACAACCUAGAGGAUCCCAAUUACAAAGGUGGCAAUAUUAUAUCAAAUUGUUCAUUUUCAAAGAUUCUUUCACCAGCAAUUCGCUUUGGAUGGAUGGAAUGCCCUGCAAAAAUAGCAAAGAUUUUCAGAUCAUCAGGGAUAUUACGCAGUGGUGGUGCAGUUAAUCACUACAUUUCUGGUGUUAUUACAAGUUUACUUCAUCUAAAAAUUGAAGACAAGUAUCUUGAUUACAUUAUUAAUAUUUAUCGGGAACGAUUAUCAGUGCUAUGUAAUGUGUUGGAUCAAUAUUUGCCAAAAUGCUGUUCAUACUACCGACCAGAAGGUGGUUACUUUGUAUGGAUUCAUCUCCCACCAGGAAUAAAUGCUAAUGAUUUCAUUAAAUGGUGUCAAGAAAAACACAAUAUAUCUGCAAUACCAGGAGCACGAUUUUCAUACACAGGAAAAUGUAAUAAUUUCUUACGACUUAGCAUAGGUUUUCACAACAAAGAAGCUUUAAAAACUGCUUCUACAACCCUUUGCAAGGUUCUUCUAUAUUACCUUGAAAAUAAUACUGAAUAUAUGAAGAAUUUGAACAAUUAA